AGGAUACAGUUGCCUCAUAGAGCACAUGUGACCAUUGGACCCUUUAUUUCCGGUUCAGUGAAUUCACUACCGCUAAGGGAUUUAGAUAAGUGAAAGCUCUUUGUAUAAGAAAACUGCUUUCUGGUUAAUGAGAGCGACUUCAAUAUUUUCAUCCCAUACCGCUAACCGAUUGAUAUAUUUCUUGAUUCUUAGCCACUCUUCUGUCUUUGAUCUGCUACAAUGAUCAUAGAUCUUUCUAUCUCCGCUCUUACGUUUUUCCUAGUAACGUAUUGGCACAUAUGCGCGGCCUCUUCACUGCCUGUAGUUGAUCUAGGUUAUGAGCUCCAUCAAGCAUUCUCGCUAAAUGAGACUACCGGACUCUACAAUUUCAGUAACAUCAGAUACGCCGCCCCACCUCUUGGAAGCCUACGGUUUCGAGCCCCGUUGCCGCCUAAGGUCAACCGCGCUGGAGUCCAGACAGGAGCAGUGGGUAGGAUUUGCCCACAGGCUACGCCGAUAUGGAGCAGAUAUAUCAUGUCGCAGUUUUUGACAAGCUACUUUACGAAUGCAACGUUUAGCGCCUCCCUAGAUGUCUCCUCAUACCCAGUCCCACUCGUCCAAGACCCCAGAAUCUCGGAAGAUUGCCUUUUCCUUGAUGUUGUGGUUCCACAGAAAGUAUUUGACCGAGUUCAGGGCAGAACCCCUGUACCUAAAGAAAGUUUGGCUCCGGUUAUCGUAUAUUUCUAUGGCGGUGGAUAUGUUCUAGGCGACAAGAGUGGUGUUGAUCCAUCUGGUCUCAUUCAACGGAGUCAACAGCAGGGAAAAGAUGGGAUAAUUUAUGUGACUCUGAACUACAGGCUCGGUGCAUUUGGCUGGCUUGCUGGUCACACAGUAUCCCGGAAAGGAACCCCCAAUGCCGCACUUCAUGACCAGCGACUCGGCUUAACCUGGGUAACUCAGAAUAUUCAUCUGUUCGGAGGUGAUGCCGAUCGAGUCACUGUCAUGGGCGUAUCUGCCGGAUCAGGGUCCAUCCUUCAUCGGCUCACUGCGUACAAAGGGCUUCAGGGACCUUCUUUAUUCCAACAAGCCAUCCUGCAAAGCCCCGCCUGGGAGCCGAACUAUGAUACAGACAAGCAGGAAUGGACAUUUCGCCAAUAUCUCAAGCUCCUCAACGUUAGCACCAUCGAGGAGGCUCGUCAGCUAUCUUCUGAAAAACUCAUUGCUGCCAACGCCCACCAGGUAUCAAUCUUUCUCUACGGAACAUUCACCUAUGGCCCCGUGGUGGACGGCGUCUUUGUUUCUGAUCUCCCGGGCAAACUUCUACUGGGCGGCGAGUUCGAUCACAGCGUGAAGAUCUUGAAUGGUCAUACACUAAACGAAGCUCUCAUGUACACGCCCCCAUUCAGUUUUCAAGAUGGGGGUCUACUCGUACUCAUGGACGAGCACUUCCUUGACCUCUCGGAAGAGAUGAAAGAGACCAUCGUCAAUGUUCUAUACCCGCCCAUCCUGGAUGGGAAGUACGGGUACCGCGGCUGGGUCGAACGAGUCUCCUCCGCCCUCUCAGACAUAUGCUUUCAGUGCAAUUCAUACUACUUGAAUCACGCAUACAGGAACAGCACUUACACCUACGUAUUCUCCAUCCCUCCCGCUAUGCACUGGAUGGAUCAUCCGUACUCAUUUUACAUUAAAGGUGCAAAGCCACUAGUUGAGAAUCCUCUCUUCCAAGUGACAAACGAGACGGUGGCCUUCAUCCUACAAGACUACAUUACGAGUUUCGUUCAAACGGGAAGGCCGGCUUCUUCACUAGCCCCGCCCCUCGAGAUAUACGGUCCUGAGAGUCGGGUGGUUAGUAUAGGAUCGGAGAAUAUCACGAGGAUGCGUGAUCCAGCAUGCAAUGCGCGGUGUGUUUACUGGCAAACUGCGUUUACCUAUAGUCGGGACGACUUGUGAGGCGUAUUUCGAUCAUUGCACGGUGGGUACCGAUUAUGGGAGGUUGGGACAAUGCAGAUAACAUGGCUGUCGAGAUUAUAAGGUUGCUUUUCAGACUGUAGUAGAAAGGCCACAGAGCAUAUGUAUGUACUUCGGGAAGAA